GCGCCACUGACUUAGAACCAUGCAGAGCAGGCCUGGCUGCCCACAUUGUGUUGGAAAUGAGAGGGGUGGGUUAUUCUGGCACAGAUGUCACUCUAGUCUGGGGAAGGGCGUGAUGUUUAUCUAGAUCUGGGUGAUAGCCCACCACACUGAGAGGCAUGUUUUCUGUGAGCAGUGCCAGGGAGGGGUAUCUAAGGCCAAUGAUCUCGGUCACUGUUUCCAGCUUCCCGCCUGCUGGUUUGCCAGGGGCCAGCCCUAUCCAGUACACUGUGGGGUCUGCCCACCUUCCACCCCAGAGGCUCCUCUUUGCUCUGGCCAGCUUCCCCCUGAACCCCAUGCUGCCUGUGCACUCUUUAUUUUAUUUUUUUUCCUUUUUUUGUUUUUAACAUUAUUUAUUUGACCGAUCAUAAGUGCUCAGAGAGGUAGUCGGAGAGAGGGGGAAGCAGGCUCCCCACUUAACAGAGAGCCCAGUGUGGGGCUCAAUCCCAGGACCCUGAAAUCAUGACCUGAGCCAAAGGCAGAGGCUUAACCCACUGAGCCACCCAGGCGCCCCUGCCUCUUCAUUUUGUGUACUAGUCAGGACUGCAGCAACCCUGAGUACCCACAGAGUCCCUGCUAUAUCAGGUUCAUCUGAUUCCACCAGUAGCCUGAAAGUGGAUUUGUGAGGUGAUGGAAGACUUGGGUGGUGGGUUGUUAUUGCCCACCCAUGGGGCCAGACUCACUGGCCUGUCCCCUGUGCCAUCUAUCACCUUCCUGCCACCCCCGACAUCCGGCCAACGUCAGGCUUGGUGUUCAUCCUGGAGGGACCUGUCUUGGGGGCGGUCCAGGCAGUCAGACAAGUCUGACAGGUACCUUGGGAACCUGGGAUCUGGAGGGAGUGGUACCAAGGCAGCACCUUCCUGCAGGGAGGGGCACCUAGUAUGCAGCUGCUGGUAGGCAGAGUACUGGGGUCAGAACUGGCAGGGACGUGUCAGGCAGAGGGAGGUGGCAGCAACAGGUAGGAAGAGCCCAAGGCCCACUGGGGUCUGUCGGGAAUCUCUGGCACCUGCUCUGGACUUCUGUCCUUUCUCUGUGUUGCUGGGCUCCAAUCCUGAGGCUUGCAUGUCCUCUCUUCCUCAUCUGCCCCUCCUGGGAUCUGGUAUGGACCCCCCCAGAAUCGAACUAGUUCUUAGAGGUCCCCAUCUUUCGUUCCUCUCCAUGUUGGAGCCUCCCCGUUGCUUGUCUGGGGUCCUGCCUGGUGAUGAGUCCUCAGCUGUCAUCUCUGCCCCUUCUCCACCCAAGUCAAGCUUAGGACCUACCAUGCCCCCUGGGUCUGCCCCUGUCCCCCCAAUCCUUUCCUCCCAUCUCUUCUCCCUCCCUUCUCCAGUUUUGAUGCUUCUUUAACUCCCUACCUGGACACCCUUUUCCUUGGCUUCUACCCUGUGAGUCGCCUACCAUUCUAGCCUCUGCUCCUUGGCUCUACACCCCUUUCUUUUGCUUCUGUUCUGUGCCCUCCAGAGUGCGGCCCUUGACACUCCCACCCCCACCUCCCAUAGACCCUCCUCCGCUCUUCCACCGCCCGCUUCCCUGGCUGACAGGGCCUCUCCCCUCAGGUUCCGUCCGGAUGCCCUGCCCUCGGCCGCCCUGGCUCCGCCGCCCCCGUGCCCCUCAGGGCUCAGGCCCCAGCUCCCCGAGCUCACUCUCUGCGUCCCGCUCACCCGGCAGGGAGGAGGGCCAAGACGACGACAGCGAGGAGGAGGAAGGGGACGGCAGCCCCGGCUCGGGCCCCAUCUUGACUGCCGCAUCCCCCGUGGAGUGUCUCAUUUGCGUGUCACCCUUCGACGGUGUCUUCAAGCUGCCCAAGCGCCUGGACUGUGGCCACGUCUUCUGCCUCGAGUGCCUGGCUCGUCUGUCCCUUGCCACGGCGGGGGGCGGCGACGCGGUGGCCUGUCCGGUGUGCCGCGCGCCCACGCGCCUGGCCCCGCGCCGAGGGCUGCCCGCGCUGCCCACACAACCGGGCCUGCUGCCCCGCGACGCGCGUGCGCCCCUGCCGCGCCAGGGCUCUGUGCGCUUCGACCGUCGCCGCGGUCUGCUGUACCUGCGCCCUCCGCCGCCGCCGCCUGGGCCGCGCAAGUCCCGAGCCGUGCGCCCGCCGCCGCCGCCGCCGCAGCUGCGCCUCGGCCGCCCGCUGUCUCGCCGCCUCUCCCUGACCAGCCCAGCCUGGGCCUUCAACGCCGCGGUGGCGCUGGCGGUGCUGGUGGCCGCCGGCCUCGUCGUCUCGGGCGUCUACAUCUUCUUCCUCAUCCCGCACGCCGCUGCCUCCGGCCCCGUGCGGCCCCAGCUCGUGGCGCUCGCCCCGGCGCCCGGGUUCUCCUGGUUCCCGCCGCGGCCCCCGCCGGGGACACCCUGGACGCCGCGCCCCGUGGGUCCUGACCUGGACACCGCCCUGCCAGGGGCUACGGAGGACGUGCUGGAGCCCGAGGCGGGCUCCGAGGAUAAGGCGGAGGCCGAGGGGACGUUGGACCGGUCCCCGGAACGCGUGUGGGGAGCAGAAGCCGGCCGGGGCUGGGCCCCGCAGGGACGGGGCAGGAGGAAGGUGUGGGCGCCGCGGUAAAUGCAUCCGUGUUGCAGGUCUUGUCUCCAGGGCUGGGGUCCUCCGUGUCCUCCUGGUGGGGCCCUGCCAGGAUCGCUUGCCCUGGUCCUCAGGGAGGCCUUACCAAGGUGCUUAGAAAGCACCCAUUUCUCCGAGGGAGGCCUAGUGAGAUCGUUCCAAGCGUCAUCACUAAGGAGCAGGGCCCCUCUCAAGGAGCAACCUCUGCCUUCAUUCCCACAAGGGCCCUCUGGGAGCACCCAUAACCCCAAGCAACUGUAGGCAUCAAGCUGAGGCUGUCCUGAGCCCCUCUUUGCGAAGGUCCUUCUGGGAGGCACUCCUAAACCUGAUCUCCAUGAGGGCCCGGUUGGGAGGACCCUUGAUCCUCAUCCCCCCAAGAGUCCAGCUGGGGAGCCCCUCGGACCAACAUUGGGUAGGUACCCUGCACGGGACCCCAUUAGCCCCUCGGGAGGAUCCCACUGAGCGCACCCCCAGUCAUCAUCAGACCCCGGGGGGAGAACCCUCAGCUGGCAGCUGGGGGGAAGCCUCUGAUUUAGUCAUCCUGUGGGCUCACUGCAGGUGGCUGGAGCCCCCAGUCUCUGGUGGUGAAGCUGCUACUGCUGUUGGCCUCUGGCCAUGCCCCUCUGUGGGGCCCAUCGCAGUCCUCCCCACCCCCACCCCCACCGGGGCUGUGGAGUUUAUUUUCCAGUCUGCUGCCUGCAGGUUGGGUGUGGAUGGGAUCCAGCUAUUUCCAAGCUGGUCCUGGGUUGUCUGCACUCAUGGCUGGGGCUUGGGCUUGAAGGGGGAGGGGUGGCCAGGCCAGGGUUGAGGAGGGACAUAUAGGGCGAUUAGCUCCCACUUAGUUCUGAGCAUCAAUCUGCAAGCAGGAGCCUCGACUACUGUUUGGGUCAUGGCUUCUGGGGUCCUGAUAUGCUGUGGGGCAGCUGUGGUCACCAAGGCUCAUACAAGGUUGCCCUCUAGGUCAGGGCCACAUGAUUUGGGGGGUGGGUGCUCCUGGAUCUCGCUGGCCCACUUGGAGACAUCCUGGCCUCUCUCCUUGGGUGCUAGAACCUCCAUAACCCCUAUUUCCACUCAUUAAUUUCUCGAGACCAAUUAUUGCACGUCUCCUCCAGAGCUCCAUCAACUUUUUUUGGCAUCCCUGUUGUACCCUGAGGUGAAGCCUCAGCCUUGGGCAGCAGCCUACAGGGAGGGCAGCUCUUGGGUUCCUGUCCUCCUCUCAGAAGCCUUCCUGGGUCAGUCAUCACAGGGUAGGAUGGCUGCCACCCUCUACACAGACUGAACACAGGUCUUCUGUUUCCCCCAAGGCUCUGGAGCCCACAUCCUUCCUCACUUGGCCCAGAUUUGAGGUUCCAUGUUCUGUGGCUGGGAAUCUGACAUUUUCCAGAGAGAAAUGUAACUUCUAUGGGACUGGGGGUUCUCAUUUGAUCUGUUUACAUGUGUGUUCUCAGUGCCUGGCACACGGGGGGUGCCAAAUAGUUUUCUGGGGAGUGACGGCAUUGCGGGUGACCAAGAGGCACGUUAGGAAUGCCUGUGGUCACUCUGGGCUCAACUAGCUUGGAGCUACCCUGGUCAAGGCAUGUCAGCCGAGUUCCUUUCGAUGGGAGCUGCUGCUUCCAGUUGGAAAGCCAGAGGGGGAUCAUCAGGACAUCCAAGGGAGUGUGUUUCCAGACCAGUUCUUGUCCCACACCCAGGUGCCAAUGUCACCCACAGUGACUGAGAGCAGGGUGCUGGGUCACUGGGCAGCCCUAGCCCCGCCCACACAGGGAGGGGACUUGGUCAGGCUGGAGUGUUGGUGGUCUAGGUUAGUGUCUGCUAACUGCUGCAACAGAGAACUCAGACUAAUUCUUCACAGUUCUGCAGGCCAGGGGUCUUGAAAUCAUGUUUACCUGGCUAAAAUCAAGUGUCCGGAGGCUCCAGGAGAGAAUUUCCUUCGCUUUUCAUCUUCAAGACCUGCAUUCCUUGGCUUCUUCCUCUAUCUUCAUAUUUUAUUUUUAUUUUUUUAAGUAAUCUCUACACCCCAUGUGGGACUCAGACUCACAAUCCCAAGAUCAGGAGUCCCAUGCUCUACUGACGGAGCCGACCAGGUGCUCUGUCUUCCUCUGUCUUCAAAGGCAGCAGCAUCGUGGCUACAAAGCUCUGACUGUCCUGCCUCCUGCUUUCACUUGUAAGGGUAUUGUGAGAACUUGAGCCCGCCCUGAUAAUCUGGGAUAAUUUCCUCAGAUCAGCAUCUUAAUUUAAUCACAUCUGCAAAGUCCAUUUUGCUAUCUAAGUAGCAGAUUGACAGAUGCUGGGGGUUAAGACCUGGCUAUCUAUGGGGACCAUUAUUCAACUCACCAUAGUGUCUCAGGUAUCCUUCUUCUCAUCCCUUCCCUCCUCCACCCAAGAUUGGGAGAUUGGGGGGUGGCAAAAGUUGGGCCCAGCCAGGAGAGUAAGAAAGGGGCCCUUAGCUGGUGGUGCCCAGAGAGGGGAGAGAAAAUGGUCUCUGCCUGAAGGUGUUUAAGAAAGGCUGCCUGGAAGAAGACCCGCAUCUUCGAAACAGCUGGUAUUAAGGCAGAAGGAGCUGGGGCAGUAAGCGGGUGACUGAGGGCGCUGGCAGAGCUGACCAUCCCACACCCCAGUCCUAGCUAGCUUCCUCCCAGGGGUUAGGGAAGGUUCGGCUUCUCCACUCUCCCAACUGGGAGACGGAAACUUCAGUCUCUCCUUCCUUACAAUGAGCCUGAUGACAGAUCCCAGGGGUCCUGAACAUUCCUGUCUGCUAAUUACUACCUCGAUGACUACCCGUCCACUGCCCAUGAACAAAGGGGCUGUCCAAAACCACCCUGGGGCUGGUAUCAUGGAUCCUCUGCCCCAACCUUUCCACCAGCCUCUGUGGCCACCUAGAGCCAUGCCCUCUCCACCCUCCCUCUGCCCACUUCAGCCCUGCUGCAUAACCACCCCUCAUCUGUCGCAGGCUUGUGAAUACCCGGAGAGGGGAGUCAAUCUCAUUGCCUGGCAUAGUGCCAGAGAUGCCAGACUUUGGUUCUCUCUUCUGUAAAAUGGGUGACAAUAAACACUUUACUUGCAGGGAAAAUUAGUUAACCUACAAGUAUUUAUUGUGCACCUGCUGUAUACCAAGGGUGUGCACUGGGGACAUCACAGGAACAAGGAAGGCCCUCACAUGGCAGAUGACAUCCAGAAUGCUGAGCAGAGCAACCAUCAUCUUGGCCACACUGCCUUCCCUGUCAAGUUUGUGGAGUCCCCAGUUCCCCAAAGAUUCCCCAUGUUCUCCCCCCAGCUCUGCCUUCUUUGCCCCCGGAGGGAUGCAAGGUGCUCCGUUCUAUAGGGAUCUGGCCAGUCUCUCUUCAUGAGAAUCAAAGAUCCUCUGCCCGCACUGCACCCAUCCCUGCCCAUCGGGGCAUCUUCUUGUGUUGAGGCCAAGGUAACAAGGACCACCGAUGGCCUCAAUGGACCCUGAGAGCCGCAGAGUCCAGACUCUGCGGGGAAACAGAGGCUGUUGGACUCGGCAGGGUAUGGAUUCGAACGAGGACCAGAGAGCUUCCUGCAAAACACCUUCUCCCCUCAACUCCACAGCCUGGUAGGGUAGACUUGGUUUUUUCCCCUCCUCCCCCGGUCCUGCAAUUGGAGUUCUCUCUCCACACUUGGGAGACUUCCCCUUCUCACUAACACCCACACGCAAACCAGGGUGGGGCUUGGGGGAACUUCUUGCAGUCCUGGCUGGUG